UCAUGGCCGUUUCACUUUAGCAGACAAGCCAUCAUAAAACUACUCAAUACAAUGGAAUGUCCUAUAAUGCAAAAUACAAAUAAUUAAAAACAAAACCAACCUGCAAAAUAACAUAAAAAAUUACAAUUUGAGACAAUAACUGAAAUUCAAACACCAAUUAAAACAGAAAAUUUCUCUUGUAAUAUUGCUAAGUACGUACCCUCAUUCAUUAAGAAAUUGCCCACCUCUUUAGAACCUCAAAAACAUUCAGCUACCCCAAAAAUUUUCUAACUCUCUGAAUUUUCUAUUCUCCCACCUAACUCUCCUCCCCCAUUUCCUACUAUUUAUUACUACUCUCUUCCCAUUCUUUCAUCCACCAUUCUCCCUUCAUUUUCUCUCUCCUAAUUCAUCACUUUUUAACCAAAAUUUUCACAAAACCCAUUUCCAAAAUUCAAUCUUGAUUACAAAAAAUGAGUAUGGCAGCUGUUCAAUCCAAACCCCUUGAAUCAGAAAUCCCAUCUCUGAAAUCAACUCCACCUCCAAAAACAGAGGAUCUUAAAACAGAGCAUAUAUUCAAAUCAAGAUUACCUGAUAUUAACAUUACUAAUCAUCUUCCUCUUCAUAAAUAUUUGUUCGAAAAACUCCCCGAGGUUGCUCAUAAACCUUGUUUGAUCUCCGGCGCCAACGGAAAAAUAUACUCUUAUUCGGAAACCCAUCUUCUCUGCCGGAAAACAGCCGCCGGGUUAUCGAACUUAGGUGUCAAGAAAGGUGAUGUGGUAAUGAUCCUUUUACAAAACUGCCCUGAAUUUGUGUUCAGUUUUUUUGGAGCUUCAAUGAUCGGAGCUGUUUCGACAACAGCAAAUCCAUUCUACACUUCCUGUGAGAUCUUCAAGCAGGUCAAAGCUUCAAAUGCUAAAUUGAUCAUAACCCAAUCUCAAUUCGUGGAUAAAUUAAGAGAAAACAAUGAGUUUAAAAUCGGGGAGGAUUUCAAAGUUGUAACUGUUGAUACCCCUCCAGAAAACUGCCUCCAUUUCUCUGUUUUAUCAGAGGCGGAUGAAAAUGAAAGUAUACCUGAAACUGGUUUAGUUUUUGAUCCUAGCGACCCCGUUGCGCUCCCGUUCUCAUCGGGGACAACGGGGUUACCCAAGGGAGUCAUCUUAACCCAUAAAAGCUUGUCAACCAGCGUUGCGCAACAAGUAGAUGGUGAGAAUCCAAACAUGCAUUUAACAGACGAAGAUGUUCUUCUUUGUGUACUUCCACUUUUCCAUAUAUUUUCGCUAAACUCAGUUCUAAUGGUGGCGUUGAGAGCUGGGAGCGCCAUUUUGAUCAUGCCCAAAUUCGACAUAAACUCGUUGUUGCAGCUGAUUCAGGAGCAUCGGGUGUCGGUGGCAAUGGUGGUGCCGCCGUUAGUGUUGGCGUUGGCGAAGAAUCUGGCCGUCGGAAAUUAUGAUUUGAGUUCAAUUAGAAUGGUUAUGUCUGGUGCUGCUCCUCUAGGAAAAGAGCUUGAGGAUGCUCUUAGAGAAAGAAUUCCUCAAGCAGUUUUGGGACAGGGUUAUGGAAUGACUGAAGCAGGGCCAGUGUUGUCGAUGUGCCCAGGAUUCGCAAAGGAGCCUCUUCCGACUAAACCAGGCUCAUGUGGCAUUGUUGUUAGGAACGCUGAGAUGAAGAUUGUUGAUCCUGACACCGGUGUUUCUGUUGGUUACAAUGAGGCCGGAGAGAUUUGUAUUCGUGGUGAACAAAUCAUGAAAGAAUACUUAAAUGAUCCAGCAUCAACAGCAGCAACUAUAGACGUCGAAGGGUGGCUGCAUACAGGUGACAUUGGCUAUGUAGAUGAUGACGAUGAAGUAUACAUUGUUGAUCGAGUUAAGGAGAUCAUCAAAUACAAAGGCUUCCAGGUUCCACCAGCAGAACUAGAGGCACUUCUAAUAAACCAUCCAUCAAUCGCGGAUGCUGCUGUUGUCCCGCUAAAGGAUGAAGCUGCAGGGGAAGUUCCUAUAGCAUUUGUUGUUAGAUCAACCAAUGGACUUGAUCUUACAGAAGAAUCAGUUAAAGAAUAUAUCGCGAAACAGGUGGUAUUUUACAAGAAGGUUCACAAAGUAUACUUCAUACAUGCCAUUCCUAAGUCUGCUGCUGGAAAAAUUCUAAGAAAGGAGCUUCGAGCACGCCUUGCCUCACCUUCCUUUACAGUUUAAACAUAUCAUUAAUCAUAUGAUCGAUUGUUAAAAAUGUGAAUUAAUUGUAUAAUUGUAGUCGUCGUAAAAGUAUACCAGCUGAUGUGAAUUGUUACGUCGUGGUGCAAUGCUGUGCUUACUUCCAAGAUCUAUCAACAACAAAAGGCUAAAGAGGAAGAGAACUUCGCAGUAAUUGGGGUUACCAUCAUCCAGCAAUAUACGUCCUGUGAAAAUUAUUAUGUAGGCUUGUAGUUGAAUAUUGCCAGUUGUAUUUUAUCACCCCAUUUUUUUUUUGUCUUUAUUUUAAAAAAUAAUAAAUAUUUAACAUAUAGAUGAUUUAGACUCUUAGAAAAUAAUAAUUAUGAUUUUGAUCGUGACUUAUGUACCUUAUGGCCAUGUAUUAUUGCAAAUAAUUUUAUUAAGUUAUACAGGGGAACAAUGCAAAUAACAAGAAUAUUAAACA